GCCCGGAGUCGGAGACUUUCUACUGAAGAUUGACUAAAGCUUGCAUGUGCAGAAAACCCUCUUCGUGGUUCGCGAUCCACUAUAAGAAUGGCACUAGCCUAGAGUCCGUUCAUGAUCGGCGACCCUCAGCUAAGGACUCAGAUAGGGCCCCAUGCGUCUUGCAGUAUUCUGAUAGACAGAUUCCGAUGCUAGCUACCCUGCUUUGAGUCACCAGUGAUAUAUUUUGGCUCAUCUUGAGGUAUUACUCGAGAGUCGAUGGCGGCGACAGGAAACUUGCUGGAAAGGAUCAGUCAGGACUCCUUCCACGGGAGAGCGGAUAAGUCCGAAUAGCUGUGGUUAUAUUCAAGGACCGCCAACUUGAGUGCUUGUACAGUUUCGCCCCGACUCUGUGAACCUGUGUUACACGGUCAGUUGUGUGGGAGGCUGUUACGUGUGGUUUCUGAUCCCUUUUCCUUGCUCCGGAAGAUGUUCGGACCUGAGGAAAAGGGAACAAACACCCCAAACAAUCCUGAGGCAGGAACUGACACAACGCUCAAAGCCCGUCAAUCCACAGCAGGCUCUCGAAAGAAGGGGAAGAAGAAGCGCGCCGAACCGUCAGACACUUCCCGGACGGUGGCUGCGGACUCGAUAGACCCAAAUGCAGACAUCAUCGUGCCGAAAUCCAAGGAACAGAAGGACGAUGAGAGGAAGGAAAGGCUCUUAAAAGAACUCGUCGCGCAGUCCGAGUCCAAGGUAUUGGAGAAAUACAUCGACAAAAAACUCAGGCAGGAGGAGAGAUUACAGCUGUUCGAAAAACUAGGCGUAGCGCAGUGCUCACACCCUUCUCACAGCCAAACGCAAGCGACGAUGCCAAGCCUGGAGUUGCAUUCUUCCUCCACGCUUGGGACCGGGAAAGUGACGUCAAAUCGAAAACGGCUCGAGAAGGCCGAAGACCUUCAAGUUCAACGCACAAUGGACGGCCGGACGGGCAAACGCAGGCGGCGGAUCACGGACUAUUCUGGUGCAGAUUCCGAGAGUGGAGAUUCUGAACUGGAUAGCCCACCCAUGGUUUCAGUCAUGGACUACUCCUCCGGGAUAACGGUUCCGAAAAAGGAUGUGCAGCAACCUCCAUCCAUUGUUGGAGGAGCACUCAAGCGAAAUGCGGAUGGCACCGUCGUCCAGCCGCGCGUCGUCAAGAAGGAAAAGGGGAACAAGACGACAUUCCGAAGCUGGAAGUUGAAGGCAUCACAACCUGUCUCUCAACAGGGCGAGUGCGACACGUCUUUCGACAGCUCAGAUUCCGCGUAUGAUACUGACGAAGGUGAGCACAAAGUCGAGGGAAGUGUCGAGGAAGAGAGUGGUUCGGAUUCCGGAAGUGAAUUGCAGUCAGGGAGCGAGUCAAGCGCGAAGGGCUCAAGUCCCGUUAGGGAGGAAGCGAAGAAACCGCCUCUGAGCUUUAAAGCAUGGGCAAUGAAACAACUCAGUGCUGUCAAGGGUUAUGUCGCACCCGCCGAUGAAGAAUUACCGAAGCGCAAGGUGUCUCAUCCUCCUGAUGGCGUUAUCCGUGGUCCUUUAGGCGAAGAAAUUAAACUGCCUGCGACUGCCCUCGCGGAACAUCUCUCCAAACAGUCUUCGGAUCCGUCAGAUACCAAACCAUCAAAGCGAGCCAAAGCCGUGUCGGUGACGCGUCCCCCUGAUGUCGAAGAAGCCCGAUUGCCAUUCUUCUUCAAUCCUGUUGUCAUCAUAUGUGGCGAGACUGGAAGCGGUAAGACAACACAGGUACCUCAGUUCCUCUAUGAGGCCGGCUUUGGUGACCGUAACGGAGAGAAUCCAGGUAUGAUCGGCGUAACCCAGCCGCGGCGAGUUGCAGCGGUUUCAAUGGCUGCACGAGUAGCACAUGAACUCUGCUCUAACAUCCUCGCGGCCAUCAAAUUCAUGACCGACGGUGUGCUGCUUCGUGAGCUUGCCACUGAUUUUCUACUUUCUAAAUACUCGGUCAUUAUCAUCGACGAAGCACACGAACGGAGCAUGAACACGGAUAUCCUCAUCGGCGUGCUGAGCCGUGUACUCAAACUGCGUGAACAAAUGUGGAAAGAAGGCAAGGAAGGUAUCAAACCUCUCCGCCUGAUCAUCAUGUCUGCCACCCUCCGUGUUAGUGACUUUGCAGAGAACCAAACACUCUUCGCUACGCCCCCGCCUGUGAUAAACGUGGAUGCCCGCCAGCACCCUGUGACGAUUCAUUUCAAUCGCCGGACACCUUCGGAUUACGUCAACGAGGCGAUCAAGAAGACGGCCAAGAUUCAUGCUCGGUUGCCUCCUGGUGGAAUACUAAUAUUCUUGACUGGUCAGAACGAGAUUACUGGUGUGUGCAGGAAGUUGGAGGCGCGCUUUAGUAGAAAAGCUAUCGAGGCGAAAAAGCGGAGACGGCAAGUCGUUGAUGCUUUGUCGUUCUUUGUGGACGAGCCAGAGACUCCUGUCAAUGUUGUGGCUGCAGCCGAGGUCGCAUUGGAAGCGGAGGACGUUGACUUGGGGUCAGGUAACCACGACUUGGCGUUGGAUGUUGACGCUGGUGACGUCCACGAAGAUUUGGAGGCCUUGGAUAGUGAAGGUGAAGACGUGAUGGCGGUUGAUAUUGAAGAAAGCGAUUCACCCAUGCACGUCGUUCCGCUAUAUUCAUUGUUGCCCAGUGAUAAGCAAAUGCGUGUGUUUGCGUCGCCGCCACCUGGUUGCCGUCUGGUGGUCGUGUCGACGAACGUGGCAGAGACUUCGCUCACAAUACCGGGCAUACGAUACGUCGUGGAUUGCGGUAGAGCCAAAGAGCGAACAUAUGAUGCUACGAGUGGUAUCCAAAGCUUCCAGAUUAGCUGGGUAUCCAAGGCUUCGGCAGCGCAGCGUGCCGGAAGAGCAGGACGUACAGGUCCAGGCCACUGUUACCGCCUGUACUCAUCUGCGCUCUAUGAGCACUACUUUCCAUCUUUUUCCGAGCCAGAGAUUCUUCGCACGCCUAUCGAAGGGAUUGUCUUGCAGAUGAAGAGCAUGAACAUCGAUGCGGUCGUCAACUUUCCCUUUCCGACGCCCCCAGACACGCAUGCGCUCAAGAAGGCAGAAACGACGCUUACUCACCUCGGCGCGCUCAGCAGCUCACCUGCAGUAGUGUCUGGUAGCGCACAAGCAACCGUAUCGAUGUCAACCAUUGGUGGCAAGAUUACAUCCCUAGGACGGUCAAUGAGUUUGUUCCCGCUUGCCCCGCGGCAUGCCCGUAUGUUGGUUGUUGGUCGGCAGCACGGGUGUCUGCCGCAUGUAAUUACGAUCGUAUCUAUUCUAUCCGUUGGAGACCCGUUUUUGCGGGAGGAAGUCUUGGCCGAAGCAGGGGGUUCCGAUGGCGAAGAUGAAGAGAAUUUGGAUUAUGAUCAGCGUGGUUGUGCGAGUAUGAAGGAGGCACGGAGUGCUCGCCGUCGGGCCUUCUUUGAGAAGCAGCAGUUGCAUGCCGGGUUAGGCAAGUCAACCAGUGAUAUUCUGAAAAUGCUUUCGGUUGUGGGUGCAUACGAGUAUGCGGGAGGUGGACUCCAGUUUUGCAACGAGCACUUUGUUAGACCUAAGGCGAUGGAGGAAAUACAUAAGCUCCGGGCACAGAUUAGUGGCAUUGUUAGCACCACAUUCCCAGGUGUAGAUACAGGUCACCAGAGGUACUUGCAACCCCCAAGUGAAAAACAGUUGAAAGCGCUCCGACAAUUGCUUGCUGCAGCCUUUGUUGAUCAGGUUGCUGUAAGGAAAGACCUCGUAGAGAAGAAAUCCGCGACUGGUGUCCAGUACUCAAAUACGAAAGGCGUAGCGUAUCGCGCGCUGGGAGUAUCCGAAGAUGUAUAUAUACAUCCUUCAUCUGUCCUGUCGCAGAAAUCACCUCCAGAUUACCUGAUUUUCACGGAGGUCGUACGGACCACAAAACCUUGGCUAAAAGGUUUGACAUUGAUCAACCCGGCCUGGCUGUCGAGCCUCGGAAAACCGACACUCUGUACUUUCACAAAACCUGCAAAGAACAGUAAAGGUGAACUUGUGACAAUACCCAAGUUUGGUCCAGACCAAUGGGAGCUUCCCCCGAUAAAAGUACCACAGCAGUAG